ACUAGCUCCCAACUACGAGCAGGGGGCAGCUUCAAACUCAGCGGGGGGAGAACUCCUGCUGCAGCACGCCGCACUAGACGCUGGUGAAGAGGAGGAGCGCGACGAAGCCUGCAGGCCGCAACCACGAGAUGAAGCCGCAACUGUACUAACACCUGUAGCAACUACAACGCAUCACCUCCGACAGCGCUUCCGGGUGUGGCGGGGCGCGACGCACGUUCACUUGGCCUCGCGAGCGAAGGAUCGUGAAAAUAAUCGCAAGAACAACGAGGUCAAAACGCGGAAUGCGCAGGCGACCAAGUUUCUGAUCAAAGGGAGCAGGAACGCGUUGCUCUGUCCGCUGCACUACCGACGCAAAAAAUUCUUGCAGAAGCUGCGAGAAAAGAGCGUCUUCCUACGGCAGGACGGCCUGGACGAUGGCCUGCCCUCGCUCGCCGAGCUUCCCACGCAGCUGUCUUUGUUCACCUCGUGCAACGAGGAGCAGAGGAAGAAUGUGCACUGUUUCGACGGCCGCUACACGUACGGCGUGGCCAUCGACAGCGGGAACUUUGGGCAGGUGUUUAGCGCCUUUGACAACCACCGUAAACAGAAGGUCGCCAUCAAGCAAGAGCGCCUUUGCGUGCCGCCGCACCGCCAGCAGCUGGAGGCGGAAAAGCGAGUGUACCAAGAACUGCACAAACCAGCCUCCCCUUUCGGCACGGAGGAUCCACUCGCGGACCCCAGCAGCACCUCGCCGAGAUUCGCAGUUGAUAGUUCAUCAUCAGGAGAGUCUCGGCAGUAUUCGAAGGAAAGUGCGGCAUGCGCCUCAGGCUGCGCGUCGUCAGGAAGUGGAACCACCACUUUGCCCCCCAAUAAGCGCAGCAGGGGCUCCUGCGGUCCGCCGUCUGCCUCGCUCUGCAUGCACGCCGAACUCGGGUCAAUUCCAGCUUCGUGGAAGACGCACAAAAUCACCGACCAAACAGCCGCUACAUUCUGUAGUCCUCUGGAAGCCUUGGACGCGACCGCCAGUGAGGUUCUGGCGCAGCGAAAACUGCUUUUGGAAGCGAAGAGAUCGCAGGGAGAGAUCGAGGCGGCGAUCCAAACUGCUGCAGCGGCCUCUCAGACGGAGGUGAGGCGGGAAAAAGUGGAACUGAAGCCAGGCGGGAGCGCCGAUAAAGUCGCGUCACAACCUCCAGGCAAGACUCGCUCGUCAGAAAUAGUUUCUGCGCCUCAAGAAAAGGGUGACCAGGUGGCUCUGGACAGGCCGCCAGAAAGUGCGAUUACCGUCCAAACCCGUCCGUGUAGGAGUUUCUCGACUCAGCAAGAUGUUGUAGCAGGAGCGCCGCCGGUUGAGCACGCGUUUAAGGAGGAUGUUUUUUGUAUCCUGGACUCCGAAGACGAGGCCGAAAAGUCGCACGAGCUAACUUUUUCGCCUGUCGACGAGUGCGCCGACUAUCGAAAAGUCACGCUGAACAACCGCACUGCGGCGAAUAGUACCUCGACGGUAAUGCAAAGAACCCGUUUCCACCAGAUUCUCAAAACCGGUAUUGGUAUGCUGCAAUUCAUCGGCAACCGAGCAGGCUGCUUUAUGGGACGGAAAGCAAAUCGCGGCCCGAAACCCCCACCGCUGUACCAGCGCGACGGAUCGGGUGCCGCGCACCAAGGCAUCUUGCCGUGCGAGCAAUUCGGGGUCGAGCACCCGAACGAUCGGGAGAACGGCUUUCGUGCGUUGGUCCUGCAGAGCGGUGGACUCAGCAUGGAGAAACUGCUGCACGCUCCCUGCGAGAAGUCGCACCGCAACUGGGACGCGGCCACAACGGCAAAGAUCGGCUUGGAGCUGGUGGAUCGCCUGGAAUACAUGCACUCCAAGGGCUUCAUCCAUCGCGAUGUGAAGCCGGAGAACUUCUUGGUGGACGAAAAGCGUGCCUUUCUGUGGCAGAGGGCCUACCAGUUGCAAUCCGAGAGGCUGUACGAAGACUUUCGUCUAAAGGAGGCGGCCAUCCACGCGACCUACCGGGGUAGCCCAAUGGUCGCUCGUCGCGGAGAUCGCCACGCACGUCAUCAUGACCCCCCUGGCGAGAUGAGAGCGCAGGCAGGAAAACCGCCUAUACUUCGCGUUCGACGUAGAACGAAAAGCAGAAGAGCAGUAUCGAGCGGCGCGACGACCGUGGUUCAGGAUAGAUCUGCUCCCGGUCUUGAUGAGACACCGGUCUGUGCGCCGCCGCGCAAGCAGGCCAGCGUUCGGCGAUUUCUGAAAGGGCGAUCUCUUUCCGCAUCGUCCGCGGCGUACCGACGGCGCCUCGAUCAAGCCCUGCGAGAACUGGAGGACCUGCUGAAGCACGAGACCAACGCGCUCCACUUCUGCUGUCCGGCCAUUAUUUCCGCGGUUGAUUUCGGACUGUCCAAGACGUUUUUCUGCCGUGCUGACAAGGCCCCACAAGCAGGAGGAGGUGCAGUAGCUGCUGCCAGUGGUACGUUUGCGACAAGCGGCACUGUGAGUACCGAAGGGCCCCCUACUUGCGCCUCGGGUGUAGUGAAUUCUACGGAGGCACCAGGAGGACGAGGAGGCCCAGAAGAAGAAGCUGCGCAUCCUGGACAAGAGCCGACCAAGGGACAAGGUGACGACCAAUUACGACUACGACCCGCUGGCUUUGAGACCAGGAAGCGCAUCGGCCUGCGCUCCGCGGACCACCCGGCGGAACAGGUACUAGAUGUGGGCUCGGGGGAGGAAGUAGAAACGGAGCAGCGCCUCCCGUUGCACGCGAACGAUCUGCAGGUCGAGAUAUUAGACCUGGAAGACGGGGUAGAGGACGACAAAGAGGACAAGAAAAAUAAUAAGUGCGACACCUGUUAUUCCACAACUGUGCCGGCAACGACUGCAGGCUGGGCACGCAUGGACACGAGUACGCCAAAUAGCCCUGGAUGCAGUGCCGAUUGCUUCGGCGGCGGCCGGGGGCCGGGCCUGAGUAGUCCGGCCCCGGCGUCGCUUCCCGGGCUGGACGAAGAGCAGCCGCCGACCGCGUUUCCGUGGAGCAGGCAGGUGGCUCAGGACAAUGGUUUGAGCUUGUUGCCGUUAAGAAACACGACUUCGGCGGACCACAACGAUACCAUUAGCUUGACUAAUAACACGACAAGUGCGGAGCGAGGAGGACACGGGCAGCAACAGCUCAUGCAUGCUGGCGGUCCCGACUCACCAAAAGCCGCUGGCUUAGGUGGUCUUUCUCGGCGCCAACCCCGUUUGCCUGAUCUGCAAAAGGACUGCGUAGAAGUAGCGGCUCCCACCGGGCGGGGAGAGCGUUUUUGCACGCCAGCGGGAGGCAGUGGCGCACAGUUAAUAUCAGAGAAAAUGGUACCGAAAGACCGGCAGAGUGUUCCUCGAGUGCUUAAUGCACUACGCGUACGCACCGAAGAAGAUGCUCCGGGUAUAAUUAACAAGGCCAUACUGGACGGGGUGGAUCCUUCUAAAGAUUGCGCUCGAGCAGGAGACCACCUCCGACCGCAGUUCCAUGCCCCAAAGCUGAAGCACAUUCCGUACACUUCGGGCAACAUGUUUGUCGGUACGCGUCGGUACGCGUCGCUUAACGCGAUGAAGGGCGCGGAGCACAGCCGCCGGGACGACCUGGAGGCCAUGGUGUACGUUUUGCUCCGGUUUCUGAAGGGCGGCCUGCCGUGGCUGCACCUGCCGAACCCGCCCAAGCCCACGGAGGACGAGCUCGCGCGCAUGCGCGCGGAGAUCCGCGAGAGCCUCGGGACAAGCGCGAGUCAGGAGGACUUGCAAAAUGCGCUCGAGUGCAAGCUCCGAAAGCGCCGAGACUGGAUCGCGGGGAACCAAAUCCGCGACAGUAAAGACCGCCACACCGCGGAACAGAUCGUCGGAAAUGUGCCCUACGCACAGAACUGGGUGCAGCUUCUAUCGCACGCAGAAAUCAUUUUCCUCUCACACGACCCAAGGCAGUGAAGUUGUUGUCAUGUUUGCGCAUUGCUAUUGCAGCACAAGAUGAAAACAUCAUUUUUAUGCUCGGAAUUGUUCAUCGGCCUGAAAUAAAUUCCGUCGCGCCUCAAGUUGGAUGUGUUUCAGUACGUAUUUUUUACCAGGGUUAUGCUGAUCAAGAAGUUAGUUGUGGAAACUCGCAACUUAUGACACCAACGGGCUGUUUUAAGCAAAACUAUACUUCUAGUCAGUGAGCAUUCCUUCGGUUUCAACACAAAGUCGCUCUUCAGAAGGUGGUGUGAGGGCGAGAUUGCUGCUCUCCUAUAGCGUCUAAGGUACACACGACAGCUGAAGUUCGACCAGAAGCCUGACUACGCGUGGAUCCGCAAAAUGCUGUUAGAUAUCUUUUACCGCGAAACAGCACCUCUGUGCCGGUUGCGAGCUGCGCAGGCACGGUGGGAGAGGAGUAGUGCAGGAGCAGUUGCGCCCGACGCAGCUGCAGCAGCGCGGGAGGUCGUCGCCCAGGCCGUAGAUAAGACUAAAGAUGACAUCAACAGGCUCUCGCCUCCGGUGUUGGAUGGUAAGUUCCCGACACCACCUCCUCCUCCCGGCCCCAUUCUACCGCUGACGAGAAGUACUUCGAACGAAAGCUCCUCCUCGUCACGCACGGCUUCCCUUUGUGGCUCUCCUGUAUCCUCCGCUUCGUCCUCUGCUUCCGGGAACAAUAAAACACCGGUGUCGUCGAGAAUAGCGCCGCCCUUCACUUUUUCGUGGCAGAAGUACCACCCGGAGGCGGACGUAUCCUGAGUAAAAACGUACCCACACCAGAGUCAGGAUGAGGAUUUUGCAACACAAACCUAGGAGUUUUGUGAGUCACGCAUGACAAGUUGCGCUCUGCAGUGUAGUGCAGGUUAGCAAGUGCAGCCGCAUCACAGAUUCAUCUGCUCAUCCUGUUCACAGCAUCACAAAUUCCCAAACACGACUGGAAAUGGCUUUCAUGGGGAUGCGCAUUACGAGUCUUCCUGUCUUUGCAAAUCUGCAUUACAACUCUGGUGUGGGUACGUUUUUACUCAGGAUAGGACGGGAGCGAUCCUUACUGGGAGGAUUGCGACGCCCGGACGAAGCUGCAGCACCUCGCCUGCUACCAG